AUGCUGCAACUCCGCGACAGAAUAGCACUCGUCGAAUCCGCGCUCCAGAACCUCGAGGAAGUCGACCCCGCUCCCCGUCCACGAUCAAUUCUCCACGACGACCCCCCAGCGCGCCGUAGUCUCGACUACCGCUUCGACAAAAUCGCCCGCGAAGUCGACGCCGCACCAAGUCCCACGCCCGCGCAAGAGAAAGCAAAUCCUUUCGACACCGCCACAUCAACCGCAUUGGAGUCUCCCUCCACCAAGCCCCCCUUCUACGAUAGCAUUGCUGCGAGUUUCGGGCUGGGGAUCGGCGGCGAGGACGAUGACUUUGCUGAUUACCUUGUGUACAAUGCUUUUGUAACGAAUCUGAGGGUGUGCCCUGUUGAUCUGACAGCUACGGAUCACUAUUACUAUCUCGAGCACCGCUCGUUCUUGCCGAAUGUCCCUGGCGUGAACCUGAGGCUGGGGACUGAUAAAGCGGGGAAAAGCGUGGGUGUUGCGCAUCUGGCGCUGAUAGGACGUAACACUUUUGGCGUUGGCGAUCUGGAUAAUGAUCCGGUUGGAGUGAGCUGGGGCAGUAUGGCUAAUGCAGGGUUUUGGACGCAUAUGAGGUAUGACUUUGAGUUUGAGCUGGGAAACGAACGCAAGACGAGGAAGUUUUGCUGGAUUCGGACGAGGAAUAAUCUGUUGGAUGAUCAGGGGGAUUUGGUGCUUGUUGAAGACGGGAAGGAGCACUUUAUUCUGGCCGAGUAUCUUGGAAAAGGGCUUUUGAAGUGGAAAAAGAGGGGACGGUUGAGGAUUCGUAAGAUGCAGGCGUUUGGCGAGAGGUGGGAGUUGAUCGUGUUAUUGACUUGGGGCUCAGUGGUUGAGUUAUCAAGACGAAGAGCAAGAAUAAGGCGCUAUUCCCCAACCCACAUCAUUUCAAUAUAA